AUGGCCAGAAGACUCUCAACUGGAGGCCAGGCGCCGGUGAGGAUUGAGACCUGCAUGCAGGUCGAGCGGGUCCAGACUCACGAUGGAGCGCCGUGCUACUCGGCCUGGAAAUCAACACGGCCCUACGGCUCCGACGAAGACCACACAACGAGCCGGUCGCCAUGGGGCCUGCAGGUCUACGACACCAGGCCCGGGUGCGACGGGGACCAUUCACGCCUGAAGGAGCUGGCCCUGAGGCUGCACGAGGACACGUGGGACGCGCGCGGCGCCGAGGGCCGCGACGAGCCGGACCGCGUUGACCUGUACGCUCUGCCCAUGCCGUCGUCGGCGACGGAUGAGGAGCGCGCCGAGAAGUGCAAGGCGCACUACCUCACCGAGAGGAAGGCGCGCAACGCCCGCGGCGUGCGUGGCGCGAGCCACUACAUCCCUCCUGUUCGACGCUAUAGUGGGUGGAAGCACGUCAUUCUGACCAUCGCCAAGGCUGAAGAAGACUGGGAUAAGGGCGAAGGUGGCUUCCUGCUCGUCCAGUGGCAGACAUCGACGGGCUGCCACAAGGGCUACGAGAGCUGGAGCCGGGAGGCUAGACAACAUCAGUGCCUGUCGCGUGCGGCUUACUUGGAUGGGGGGGAGGAUGGCCUGGGCGGUACGCUGAGAAAGCUGAGGGAGGGUAUUGAGGGCUUCCUGAUUCAUCAUUGGCAUCCGGGAUACGAGGAUGAGCCGGAGGCAGAGGACGGGUACAGGGUCGUAUACUGCAGGUGUGAGGAGUUUUGCCAUCCAAAAUUAGCAAAUGAUAGUUCUGCUGCAACAGACAAGGGAGGUCAGCAAGAAGAGUUGCCUCUGUAG